ACUACUCGGGCAAAGAACGGACUGAGAGAACUACGUACCAACUGGCUUCAGACUCCUGAAACCCGACGUGGAGAAAUUGUUACAGCUCUUAACACAGCCGCUUCAAAGCUUGGAAAGUUUGCCAAUGCUGGAGAUGAUGCCGUCGGUGCCAUUCGUGGAGCUGUUGAAAUAAUAGCUUCUUUUGCUAGUCUAGCAGGGCCACAUGGACAGAUUAUCAGCGUAGUUCUUAAUUUCAUUUCAGGUUUUCUAAGUCUGUUUGGAAAAGGGCCCUCCCCAAAGCCCCUUAGUCAGGUAGUUAGGGAAGAAAUCGAAAAAUGGUAUUCUCGAGAUCUUAGUAACCAAGCUGAAGGUUCCAUUUUUGAUUUCCAAACGUCCAGAGUGUUUUUGAAUGGUGUUUCUAGAGCCGGAAGAAACCUUACUGAAUCUGAAAGUACUGCACUGCCGUCCUAUGUUCCAGUUUAUAAUGGUGUAGCAUUUAUGGGAACUCUGUCUUCCGAGAUUCGUAAUAUAAUAAGAGGUAACAAAGCCGGAGAAGCAAAAAAAUGCUUGAAGUACAUCGAGCUAUACACUCGAAUGGCAGUUUUGAAAGAUCUAGUCUUGCAACAAAUGGCCGCAUUAAUUUCUGAUUCGCAAAGUAGCAUUCGUGACGGUGUUUACGCAUAUCAAGAUUACAUCAGAAGUAGUGCAAAAGCCCUCUUUAAGUUUUUGUACGAGUCUGAAAUCGGUAGCAACAUCAUUCCAUACUUUGAUCCAGAUAAAUACGAACUUACUGACGCUUAUAUGUCUGAAGUUCUGGAAAUAGAAAAUUAUGACCGAUCCAUGGCUGGAAAGUAUUUUGUAAAUGUAAGGAUGAGAAGCUCAUAUGGAAGGCUAGGGUAUGUGUCGGCCAUGCCUCUUGUUAAUUAUGAGGACCGAGGGGCUGACCUUGUGUUUGGAGGCAACUUUUACUGGAAACUUGUACCUCAUGGGAAGAAUUUGUUCAGCAUCGUCAACCGGUACAAUUGCCAUGCGAACGACGGUCUUUGUGACGCGAUGUUGACUUGGACUGAGUCCCAUGGAUUAUAUCGUGUAACCAUAAAACACGAGGACCCUGCACUGUGGGAAAUUACUAGGACAUCAAAUAGUCGUCGUCGUCGUUACAGGUAA